GCUCAAUCUGGAAAACACUUUGUUGUUGGUUUUGUGUCUUUUUCUGCCCUUGCUGAUUAUACCAAAUAUACGCAUUUGUUUGCUUUGUGUAUUGAAAACAAUCAAAUAUCCCACUUCAAAAGAAUUUAUAUAUUAAUAUCUGAAUUAUCUUUCCAAGUCCAACUAUCAGCCAAACAUCCUACACCUACUGAAAUUAUUCAUCAAUCAUCAUCCCCUUUCGGCUGUAUCUGGCUUACCUUUUUAUUUCCCCCCCUCAUUUUUGGUCGUCAUCUUCUUGAUUUACGUACUUGUUCAGAUCUGAGUUUUUUUGUUUGGUUUAAUAAUGUUGAGGGGUUCGUACUAAAUAGUUUGGAACGAGUUGGUUGACCUUAUUUUGGUGGCUUUAAUUAGCUGAGAAAGAAUAUUGUUUACCAGAAGAGCGUGAAACAGAGAAAGAAAGGAUGAAGCUGCCAUUUCCAUUUGCUAGCUGUUUCUCCCCAUCCUCAAAAAGAACCAGUUCAGUCAACUACGAUGAUAGUUUCAGUUCUGGUGGACAGAAAAUUGAUGAAAGCAUCUCUGUUUUUUCAUACAACGAACUGAAAGCUGCAACUCAGGGAUUCAAAUCAUCCAACCGUGUUGGAGAAGGAGGUUUCGGUGCUGUUUAUCAGGGUGUGCUUCAAGAUGGAAGCUUGGUGGCUAUAAAGAAUCUUUCGGUGGAGCAAGAAUCAUUGAGAGGGGAGAGGGAGUUCUUAACUGAGAUUGCAGCUCUAUCUGGGAUUAAACACGAAAAUCUUGUCAGUCUCAGAGGAUGUUGUGUUGAUGGAGCUAAACGACUCUUGGUCUAUGAUUACAUGGAAAACAAUAGCCUUGCCUACACCUUCCUUGGGGAAGACUAUAAAAGGGAGAAAUUUAGUUGGGAAUUAAGGAGACAGAUUAUAGUUGGUGUGGCUGAGGGACUUGUGUAUCUUCAUGAACAACUCAAACCUCGUAUAGUCCAUCGAGAUAUCAAAUCCAGUAACAUUCUUCUGGAUCAUGAUUUUAACCCAAAACUCGGUGAUUUUGGUUUGGCCAAGCUUUUUCGAGACGAGGCAUCGUACAUCAGUACUCGAGUAGCUGGCACAUUAGGAUAUCUUUCCCCAGAGUACGCCAUUAGUGGACAUUUGACUCGGAAGGCAGAUGUUUACAGCUUCGGAGUUCUAUUAUUGGAGAUUGUUACGGGGGGGCCAGUUGUUGGUUUUGACUUGGAACGUGGUGAAUACUUUCUUGUUAAUAAGGUAAUUAUCAAACCAUGUAUAUUUCACAUAUGCGUCACAUCAGUUAAUUAAGAAAAUCCCUGUUAUGUGUAAUAGUUGACCUUACCAUUUCAUAGGUUAUUAUGAUCUUAUACAUUCAUGAAUGAUUUGUAUGAUUAUUCUGUGGUAGGUUUGGGAGAUGUACAAUGAGAAACAACUGUUGCAGGCGGUGGAUCCAGUCCUAAAUGGGAACUUCCCAGAAGAAGAAGCAUUGAGGUUUUUGAAAGUUGGAUUGCUUUGUGUCCAGGAAACAACCAGGCUCCGGCCCAAGAUGGCUGUAGCUUUGAAGAUGCUAAGUAAUGAGAUUGAUGUAGAAGACACGGAGGUAACGAAACCUGGGAUAGUUUCGGAUUUGAUGGAGGUUAAGAUAGGCAGAAAGCAAUCGUCCCAAAGCUUUUUCUCUGGGGAUAGUGCCAAUAAUAGCUCAGGAAGGUAGAUUGAUCAACAGAGAGAACAUUUGUGUAAAUUAUGGUAUAAUAGGUUUUAUUAGACUUUCAAGUAGAUUUUGAGUUGAUUAGUCAGCUUGAUGCCAACCUUUUUUUUUUUUUUUUUUUUUAUGAACUUGCCACGUUGUACAAAAUGACAUAGUUGAUGCGAAAUAAAUAGCAUCACUUUGUCUCGCGGAGAAGUUUUUUUUUUUUUUUUUUGAGCUGUUUGUAAGCUGAAUUUCUGAUUCUCGAUCGAAUAAGGGAAGAGUCAUUUUUUUUUUGGGUGGUUGAAUGAAACAGAUGAUGCCUAC